CAAGCGACUCGCGCAAAUAGUGCGCGGAUCUUCGCGGCUCCUGCCUCGCGCGCGCUUCUUCGUCCUCGGGCUCUUCUCGUUCUCUCGUCUUUUUUCUUCUUUCUCUCCGGCCACGGAGGAUUAUGACGAGGCGGGCGCAGUGAAACGACUUUCGUUUUUGUUUUCUUCUUAUUAUUAUUUCUUUUGACUGUGACACCGCCAUUAUUUUCGACAAGCUGCUUGCAAGCUCCGCGGGAUUGCUUUACGACGAGGGAGUGACAAACCUGGCAACCACCACCAUGCACCUGCCUAUCGUACUCGGUGCGCUACUACUGCUACUGGGCACAGUCGAGAGUGGCUUCUACGACUACGAUAACGAAGUUUACGACUACUACAGAGGCGAGAGUAGUAAUGACAUUGCCCAAAGCAACGUGCACACAUAUCAGUGUCAAAAGGAGGGUUUCCAUGAGGAUCCUAACGACUGUCGAGCUUUCUACAGAUGCGUCGAUUAUGGGAACGGAGCUCCGUUAACACCAUUUAAAUUCGAGUGUGGUCCCGGCACAGUGUUCUCCAAAGCUCGAGGAAAUGUGUGCGUGCGACCCGUCGACAGCGGCAGGCAAGAAUGCUGUGAACCUGGUAACGAAAUCGAUGGCAAUGAGCCAGACUACGGCGAUGGUUGGAAUCAAGCUGGUCAGCAACCGCAAAAUCCGGGAUACCCACCGCAAAGGCCGGAACAGCCGGAAUAUCCGCAAACCCAAAGGCCACAACAGCCGGAGUAUCCACAAACCCAAAGGCCGCAGACACCAAGUUAUCCUACUUCUAGACCUCAAAAGCCGAGUUACCUUCCCCCGGAAACUCAAAGGCCUACGUAUCCUACGACUCAACAAACACAGAGACCUACGUAUCCUUCGACUCAACAAACACAGAGACCCAGUUAUCCUACGAUACCACAACAAACACAGAGACCCACGUAUCCUCCGACUCAACAAACACAAAAGCCUAGCUAUCCUCCGCAAACGCAGCGGCCAACGUAUCCACCACAAACUCAGAGCCCGAAUUAUCCAUCAACGCAAAGACCACAGCCGCCUGAUUAUCCUUCAUCUCAAAGACCCGAGCAGCCUGGUUAUCCUACUCAGCGGCCUGAGCAACCUGGUUAUCCUUCAACGCAACAGCCUGGUGAUAACGAAUGUACUCCUGCCCCUGGUGCAUCUGGAGGCUGUGGGAAUUCGCCAGGUUGCUCGCAAGAAGGCUUCUUCCCCAACCCUGAAGAUUGCCAUAAAUUCUACCGUUGCGUCAACGAAGAAACGCACUUACAAAGGCACGAUUUCACUUGUGGUUCGGGGACUGCUUGGGAUCAAGAUCUCCAAACAUGUAAUCACGAGCAUGAGGUUGCAAGUUGUGGUGGUGUUUCUGGAAGUGGAGGUUCUCAAGAACCUGGUCCUGGUCAUCCAAACUCACCAAGACCACCAUCUAGUCAAUCUACCCAACAACCUGGGCAUUAUCCUUCGUCAUCACGACCCACAGAACCACCAUACCCAUAUCCACCCUCACAGCAACCUACGCCAUAUCCGCCUUCACAAGGUACUCAAAGACCUGAGCAGCCCCAGUAUCCCACACAGCCACCAUCUUAUCCUACGCAAGGUACUCAGAGACCUGAGCAGCCCCAAUAUCCCACGCAGCCCCCGUCUUAUCCGACACAAAAUACUCAGCAACCACAAUACCCGACGCAACCUCCAUCUUACCCCACUCAAAGACCAACACAGUAUCCUACACAACCACCAUCGUAUCCUACACAACCGCCAUAUCCUUCUUCUGGAGGCACUCAAAGACCAGAGUAUCCACAGUAUCCUACACAGUCACCGUCUUAUCCCACUCAAGGAACUCAAAGACCAACGCAGUAUCCUACACAACCACCAUCAUACCCAACACAGUCAUCUUCCUCGAGUACAAAAGGUCCAGAAUACAUCCCACCAUCAAAACCUUCAACGAGCAGGCCAUUUUAUCCCGGUGGACCCACUGAAGCUCCAGGAACUGGUGGUCGACCAUGUCCUCCAACUGGCUCACCGUCCGAAUGUAAAGAAGAAGGAUUCUUCCCAAAUUCACAAGAUUGCCAUAAAUUUUUUAGAUGUGUCAACGAAGGAGACUCGUUUCGUAAAUACGACUUUGAAUGUGGCACUGGAACUGCUUGGGAUCAGCAGCUACAAACGUGUAACUACGAAGAUGCUGUUAGUUGUACAAGCUCUGAGCAGCCACCUGAAACCGGUGUAUCUCCUGAAGGAAAUCAACCAGGUUCAGGCACAGGACCAGAAGGUCAACAGUCAGGUGGACAGCAGCCGCCAGGUUCUGGUAAUCAGCAGCAACCUGGUUCUACUCCUGGUACUUCUAGGCCACCAACUAUUCAAUCUAGUCAGUCAUCUUCUUCGCGACCUUAUCCUGGAUCAACUCAAGCUACAGUCUCACCUUCGACGAUGCAACCUUCUCAACAACAUACAACAGAGUAUCCUCAAAGUACUUUGAAGCCUAGUUACCCGUCUACGUUACAACCACAACGUCCAUCGAGUCAGCCACCAAGUAGUUCUCAGGGUACUCAACAGCCGCCACAAACUAUUCCUCCAAGUGAAGGACCAUCAACUUCCAGACCAGGAGGUGGAUAUUUACCACCACAACAGCCCGAUGGAAGCGGCUCACAACAACCUGGUGGCAAUGGUUGGCAACAGCCCGGUGGUAACGGCUCGCCACAGCCACCGUCAAUGAACGGAGGUUGUCAAGGCGAAGGUUUCUUCCCUAAUCCAAACGACUGCCGUAAAUUCAUAAGAUGCGUAAGCAAUCCUCCAACUUACAUCAAAUACGACUUCGACUGUGGUCCAGGAACGGCUUGGGAUCAAAACCUGCUUACUUGUAAUUACAUUCAUUUAGUUGCCUCUUGUGAUAUGAAUCAAAAUGAAAUAGAGCCAAAUCAACCGCCAUCAUCUGGUGGUAAUAAUGGUUACCCAAGCGGACCCCCAUCGGGAUCAACGUUAGGACCACCUUCGAGCAGCACCCCAAGUGUCACACAGGCACCCGUAGAAGAGAAUAAAACUGAACCAUCUCAACAAAUGACUACUUCAGGUCAGCCUAGCUCGGAAAGUUCAGGUUCAAGUUCCGAAAGCUCUUCGACACCAUCAUCCGGAAGUAGUUCAUCUAGCACCGAAAGUGGAUCUGCAGAAGGCAAACCAGAUUGCAACCCACCGAAAAAAAAUACUACAAUUGUGUGCGACACUGCUGGAUUCUAUCCACAUCCAACACGAUGUGACAAAUUUUACCGUUGCGUAGACAACGGUAAAGGAUUUAACGUUUACUACUUUGACUGCCCACCUGGAACAAUUUACGAUCCAUCCAUAGAUGUCUGUAACUAUCCAGAAUCUGUGUAUCCUGCCAGAGAUUGCGAAAACCCGCAAGGUGCUUUACCACCGUCAGCGUCACAAGCACCACCAUCGCAACCACCUUCUUCCUCGACACAAAAAACUCCAAGUGGCGAAACUACGUCUCAACAACCUAGCGCAGAAUCUUCGACUACACAGCCAGAAGGUACGACUGGUGGAAGCCCAGAAGUAACUACCCCAGAAGUAGAGGUAACUACUCCAGGAGCAGAGGGUACAACGCAAAGUUCAGAAGCGACAACAGCUAGCUCAGAAGAAACUACUCCCGAAGUAGAGGGAACAACGCCUAUAUCGGAAGGGACAACUACAGAAUCCGAGGUAACUACUCCAGAAUCAGAAGGAACGACACCAGGAUCAGAAGGAACGACACCAGGAUCAGAAGGAACGACCCCAGGAUCAGAAGGAACGACACCAGGAUUAGAAGGUACAACACAAAGUUCUGACUCGACAACUGCCGGAAGCUCCGAGGCGACGACCACUCCAGUACCAGAGGAGCAACAAUCAACUACUAGCUCGAGUCAAGAAAUGACCACGGCUAUGACAGGUACAACAGAACCAGAAGAAUCGACGACGCCGGGAUCCAGUGAGAAACCACCAUCCAUCGACAAUUGUCCAUCAUUAGCUAAUUUGACGGACGAACAGAUAGUCUUGGUCUGCCCAACAGGAUUCAGAAGACAUCCAAAACUGUGCAACUUGUUCUACCAAUGCACAAGUUCCGGUAUGGAAGUGAAAAUACUUAUGCUGCAGUGUCCCGAUGGCACUAUAUUCGAUCAGAAGGAGAACAAGUGUCUCGCUGAAGCUGACAGCAGCGAACCUUGCAUGGGUACAAUUGCUGGCAAAAGGACACGGCGUGUUGCCGGAGAUCCACCUUCCGCGAUUGAGGUAUCUGCGAAGCCAUUGUGUCCGGAUGAAGGACACUUCCCAUACCGCAACGGCUGCAGUAACGUCUUCUACAAGUGUAAGCGCGACACACGCUCAGCCCUUCAGGGAUACCUGUUUAAGUGUCCCAAGGACUUUGUUUAUUGGUCGGUGUCAAGACGAUGCGAACGCGCCUCGAGAUUGCCAAUGUGCACAAGCAUGUCUGAGCAAGCAGAGUUCGAAAAUGAGGCAUGGGAGAACCGCUGGGAGAUACCCGUUGAAGAUCGUAACCUCUCCGCCAGAUCGUUAAUAUUGUAAUCUACGACUGAAUUGGAUUCUCGAGACCUUGAAACUUUUUCGGAGAAUUGCUUUGUGUAAAUACGAGAGAUUGAUGCUUAAAUGGCUUUUUAAGGAGAACACGAAAUUCAAGUGUUCGAGAGGAAAGUAUUGAGUUUUUGGUACUGUUAGAGCGAGACGUUUUUCAGUUUAAAAAUAAAAUUUUUGCUGCUAAUGAAUAAUAUGCUUUAAAGUAUUUUAACUAUUCCGUUCUGUGAGUACUAUAAGCUCGAUUCAAAACUGCCUUUAAAAAUUAAACUUGUCAAUGAAUAAAAAAUCGUGGGAGAAAAUGGUCUUAUAUAAUAGGCAACGAACAAAAGUAUCAUACUGCCAGAGUAGUUAGCUUAUACACAAUUGAAACAAUUGCAAAAUUUUGCUGGGAAAACUAAAUUUAAAUUAGUUUUUCGAUAAGCAAAAGAAAAUCAAACAAUUUCGCGUAUGGAAUCUCCGUUUGAUUUUCUCAGUUUUUGGCCAUAAAACGCGCGCAUUGGUUCUCUCGGCAAAUACCAAGCUCGCGUGAUUAAAAAAACUCGUAGAAAAUCGAACGCGACAUUCGGGAUUUGCAAGGGUUAAGGGACUUUGGUGCAAUAAAUAUACUCGUCGAUAAUUUGCGAACGAAAUAUUUUAUCUUAUUUUUUUAAUUCCGAAAAAAUACGUAAUAAAAGUUAACGAUGAGGAAACAAAACAAAUUUGUACGUGUAUAUAAAUUGAAUUAAGUAUAUAGUAGUCUAGCAUCUAUUGCAUGCAUUAUAUAAGAUAUAACAAAACAAAGAGCAACAAAAAAAUACUAUUUAAUUUAAUUUCAAUCGUAUGUUUGUCAGCGAAUGCAGCAAUCUGCAGCUCUAUUAUCUUUAUAUUAUACUAUAAUAAUUGUAAUAAAAUACUAAAACUCGAAAAUAUUAAUUUUGUAUUUACAAAAUCGGUUAGCUUCUAACCGUCGAUUUUUCUCUUGCUUUAAUAAUAACUUUAAGG